CAGAAUUAUACACGGCCAUGAAGGGUGCCUACGCAAUCUUCGAAGAUCCCGAUCGCGCCGAGGAGCUUGCGGCGUACGCCGAGGAAAUCUACGACGAAACGUGCCACGAUGGGUUUGGCGUCGCGGCCAAUAUGACAGAGACCGCCCUGGCGGCCGCGGAGAACGCGAAGACCGCUGCGUUCGGUGAUGAACAACAGGGCGAAGUGGAGCAGACGGGUGAAGUUCUGGCGGUGGCCAUAGUUCCCUCGGAGCACGUGAACGACGAGUGGGCCCCGACGGCAUGCGCGGCUUCGUGGUUUUUCGCGGAGGCCAGGAAGCUGAUCAACGAGGUGAAGGAUGCCAGAUGCUAUUUCCUAGUGGUCGGGAUGGGGGCCUACCAUGCUCUGCCCUCGCAGUCUGGAGGCCAGGGUCUGGCAUCGGUGCCCUCGCGGACCCCGCCGAGGAUGGACGCGUACCUAUUCUGCGGCGGUUUGGGUCAUCGAGCGAAGGGCUGCCCCAAUCGGGGCAGCGGAGGUAGCCGAGCCGAGAGGAAGCGCGCCUUCAACAGUUUCGUCGGUGUUUCCGACCAUGCGGCCAGCAUCGCCGAUGAAAAGGAGACGAAGCAGCAUCAUAUCGAGUCAGAUCACAACGACUUCUUGGCCUUCAGCAUGAAGGAGUGCAAGGGGCGCGCGCUGCUGGGCGGCGAAGCCUCUCGAUCGGUGGGAAGAGUCGAGCAGCUGCAGUACAUCGGUGAUCUACUCGUCGACCCGAUGGAGGCCAAUGCCAGUCUGAGCCUGGGA